AUGAGCAGUCUCGUUGAGGAAGCAGUCAAGAAGCUGACCAACACGGUCGAGAGCCUCGAGUCCAGAAUCAAGUCUCUGGAGGACCGCGCAGCUGGCGGUUCCGGCAAGCUCACCACCGAGGAGGUUCGCAUGAUCCUCAUCGGCCCCCCCGGUGCCGUCGUACUGAUGAUGGUAUUCUGCGCAGGCAAGGGCACUCAAGCUCCCAAGAUCAAGGAGAAGUUCAACUGCUGCCACUUGGCCACUGGCGACAUGCUGCGAUCCCAGGUCGCUAAGAAGACUCCGCUCGGCCGGGAAGCUAAGAAGAUCAUGGACCAGGGCGGUCUGGUCAGCGAUGACAUCGUCAUUGGCAUGAUCAAGGAGGAGCUCGACAACAACAAGGAGUGCAAGGGAGGCUUCAUCCUCGACGGCUUCCCUCGUACCGUCCCCCAGGCUGAAGGUCUCGACACCAUGCUCAAGGCUCGCAACCAGACGCUUCAGCACGCCGUUGAGCUCCAGAUCGACGACUCAUUGCUCGUCGCUCGCAUCACUGGUCGCCUCGUCCACCCCGCCAGCGGUCGCAGCUACCACAGCACCUUCAACCCUCCCAAGGAGUACAUGAAGGACGACAUCACCGGCGAGCCCCUCAUUCAGCGCAGCGACGACAACGCCGAGGCCCUGAAGAAGCGUCUUGCCACCUACCACGCCCAGACCGCUCCCGUCGUCAACUACUACAAGCAGAACGGUAUCUGGAAGGGUCUCGACGCGUCGCAGCAGCCCGGUCAGGUGUGGAAGAACAUGCUUGAGGUCUUUGACGAGCAGCGCAAGGGUGGCCACGCCUCCGGCAUCCUGAGCCGCAUCACCGGAAAGAACUAAGCGGGCACGGGCUUCCCAGCCUUUGCUCACGCCAGCGCGCCGCCCCGUCCACAACCCCCCGGCGGCUGUGUGCCACAAGCUGGUCAGAAGGAAACGGAGAAAAACGUCUACAUUUACAGCGUCUCUUACUUUGACCCUCUAUCUUCUGGGUCGACGAUAUGACCAGAAGACAGGAGGGCGUGGACCGGAGGAACUUUUUUAUGGGACUUUUUUUUAUGGAUCAUGAAAUGGACUGGAAAGGAUUCAUCCUCGUCCGGCCCCCCAAGCUGUUGAGAUCAACAGGAUUGGGCUGGUUUAUGUCUUUUUUUGCGUCAACGUGGCCAGGAUCAGUUGUACCGUGUAGAAAACCCCUUCCGUCGCACGCUUGUAUGUAAAAACAACAACUUUAUUGUCUCACUAAUAACCAAAACCGGCGGUUUGCAGUUGGAUGGCCUCGCAAAUUUUCUUCCAUGGUCCUACUUGCCCUGUGCUCAACUUGUU